AUGCCACUCACAAACAGCACUGAAUUUACAGAAUUCAUUUUACUGGGGCUCACAGAUCGCCCAGAACUCCAGCCACUCCUCUUUGUGCUGUUUCUGUUUGUUUACCUUGUCACUGUCUUAGGCAACAUGGGCAUGGUGGCCCUGAUAAGCCUGAACUCCCGCCUUCACACACCCAUGUACUUCUUCCUCAGUAAUUUGGCAUUUGUGGAUCUGUGUUACACCUCAACUGCGACCCCACAGAUGUUAACUAAUUUCUUAUCAGACAAGAAGACCAUUUCCUUCACUGGCUGCUUUAUCCAGUGCUACCUUUUCAUUGCACUUCUCCUCACAGAGUUUUAUAUUCUGGCAGCCAUGGCCUAUGACCGCUAUGUGGCCAUAUGUAAUCCUCUGCGUUACAGUGUGAAAAUGUCCAGACGAGUCUGCAUCUGCUUGGCCCUAUGUCCUUAUGUUUAUGGCUUCUCAGAUGGUUUAUUCCAAGCCAUCCUGACCUUCAGCAUGACCUUCUGUAAAUCCAAUGUCAUCAACCACUUCUACUGUGCUGACCCACCACUCAUUAAGCUGUCUUGCUCUGAUACUUAUAUAAAAGAACAUGCCAUGUUAAUAUCAGCAAGCUUUAACCUCUCCAGUUCCCUCACAAUCAUCCUGGUGUCUUAUGCCCUCAUUAUUGCUGCCAUUUUAAGGAUCAAAUCAGCUGAAGGAAGGCACAAAGCAUUCUCUACCUGUGGUUCUCACAUGAUGGCUGUCACAUUGUUUUAUGGUACUCUCUUCUGCAUGUAUGUAAGACCACCCACUGACAAGACUGUUGAGGAAUCCAAAAUAAUAGCUGUCUUCUAUACUUUUGUAAGCCCAAUGCUGAAUCCACUAAUAUAUAGCCUGAGGAAUAAAGAUGUAAAGCAGUCCUUGAAGACAGUCCUCAGGCAAAAUGUUAUCAGCAUAGGAGUGCUGCCUCCAUUUUCCAAUAAAGCACAACUAUAA